AUGCAUGUUAACGACUACAUGCCCUUGGAUAUACAAAGAGAUAUAUUAAAAAGGCUUCCGAUAAAAUCAUUAAUGAAAGUCAGAUCAGUUUCAAAGCCGUUGAAAUCCAUCAUUGAAAGCUCUGAAUUUAUCGCUGUUUACAACAUCCACACUCAUCGUUAUAAUCAUCAAAAACUACUCAUAGGUUUGUAUAACAGUAGUCACGCAUAUACGUUUGAUGAUGACGAUGAUAAUACUUCCCCUGAUCAACACAAUUUCCGCCUGAUUCCUUCCCUAACGAUUCAUAAACCGUUUAACGAUAUGAUGGUUGGUUACUCACAAGGCCUAUUUGCAGUUUACAGGCUUGAUGAAUAUUAUAGAGAAGUCGUUGUUAUUUGGAAUCCAUCGAUAAGGAACGCUGUCGAUAUACCCCUCUCUGGUAGAUUUAAAUGCCCUAAUUAUGACUCUUUUAUCGGUUUUGGUGUUUGUAAUGCAACUGACCCGACGAUUGUCAAGGUCGCUAGUCCUGCACUGAACGCUAGCAAAAGCAAAAAGUUUAUGCAGGUAGAGAUUUUUAAGUUAAGCACAGGGAAGUGGAGAUUAUUGUCUGAUUGUUGUCUGCGUGACUCACUUGAAUUCCGUCAGAAAGUGGUCGCAACUGAUAGGUUUAUUCAUUGGCUUGUUCGUGAUGGGGCUAAACUUAAAAUUCGGAUUUUGUCUUUUGAUAUGAUGAGCGAAAAGUUUAUUGAAGUAUCCUUCCACCCACGUAGCAUAUUAGCAUAUAAGCGUUGCGAUGAUUUGGAUUUAUCUAAGCUUAGUUGCAGGGAGUCUUUUGCUGUGCUUGAAACUACUCACGAAAACGACAAAAGAUAUAAUGUAUGGAUCAUGGAGCAUGGUGGUGAUCGAUUCAUGAUUCAGAAACUAGUCACUAUUAACAACCCGAAAGAUUUAAUCAAAAGGCGGGUAGUUGGAUUCAGGAAAAACGACCAACCUAUAAUUCAUACGCGAAAUCCUUUUAAAGAUAAUGAACAUAAUAUUUUCGUUUAUAAACCGGGUUAUUCUGGAUUGUUUAAGCCUAUUGGGAUUAAUCAUGGAAAUAAUUAUCCAUGCUUUGCAGGCUCAUACAUGGAAACUUUACUUUUGCUUGAUCACUGA